AUGGUUCGAGCGUGCUUUGCGCAUGGCGCCCUUGCGCAGCUGGCUUUGCCUGUGUUGUUGACGCUGGCGAGUGCGGGCGACGGCAUACCCAUCAAAGCGAACUGGCAGGACGUGUGGCGAACUGAUGUCACCAAGUGUACAAAGGACAACCUGGCCAUCUUCACGGAUGCCAAGGGAAAGCAGAGAACCAGGAGGUUGGAGGAGAUGACGAAGAUCCUUGCCGACCGGAUCGUAGCCAAGACAGCACGAGAGGAGGCAGAGAAGAGGGCAAAAGAAAGCAAGGGGAAGGCGGGCCAAGCUUCUGGCCGAAAGCUCUCAAAGAAAGAGAGGAUGAAGCAGGAACUCAGUGGACACCUGGGCCAGAUGUUCGGUGAGUUGAAGGACAGCUCGGUGGCCGACGCCAAGAAGGAUGAGGAGAUGUACCAGGCUGUCUUCCAGCAAGGAGAGCAGAUGAUCCACCGCAUAGCCCAGCAGGCUAAGCUGCCGAUGAACACCGAGGUGACGCUGCGCGAGUGGUGCGACAUGGCUUGGCGUGCUGGCCGAUUUUCUCCAUUGGAUCCGGACAAGCCGAAAAAGGAGGAGGACAUCCCCGACCAGGAUGCAGAGGUCGCAGCAGCACAGCAGUCGGCCCCCUGGCUGCUGCAAGAGUAUCCCGAGAUUUGUGGAAGCUCUGCGCCGGAGAAAGAUGGGAAACGGCCACCUGCAGUUCAGGUGAUCGAUGAGCUUGCCUCAAAGUCGGAUGUUCGGAACCCAUCGGCAUUCGUGUCCUCAACGAUCGCGAAGUACCCUAUGCUGCGCCCACAUCUACGGCAGCAAAAUGCCAACUUGAUUUCCGGUGCAGCUCCGCCCAGGAGUAUCUACGAGGUGCUUCAAAGACACCCUGGUCUGGAAAAGGCACUGGACGCAAUCGCCUUGCGGCGCUUGGAGGAGGUGGACAUCGCUCGGGCAGCGGACCUCCUCGACGACCUAGCGCAGCGGCGGGGCGUCCGAAAUCCGUCCGCGUUCAUCGUGCACGUGCUCGGAAGGUCCACUCCGGCGUACGAUGAGCAAGAAGGGGAGGUAGACCGACUCCUUCAGUCAUAUCCUCACAUCCGUGAGCGCUUGGACAGCCAGGCCCUCAUGAAGCUGUCCGAUGCCGACCCGGCACGUGUGGAAGAGAUUCUGCAGGAUAUGGACAGCAAAGGUGAUGUGCGCAACCCCUCUGCAUUCAUAGUCAAGGCGUUGUCCUCCUUCCCUGCACCGCGCCACGAUGCCAAUCUCUCCCAUCGGCUGCUGCCGGAACCGGAGAUGCAGAAUGUGGGCGAUUCAGAGAUGACGAUCUACGACGUGCUCGACAGCCACCCCGGCUUGCAGCAGGCACUCGAUGCAACCGCCUUGCAACGUUUGGAAGAGGCAGAUUUCGCGCGAGCAGCCGAUGUCAUCGAAGAGCUGGCGCAGCGACCGGAUGUGCGAAAUUGCUCGGCCUUUGUCGUGCAAGCACUGAGGCAUGCUGUGGCUCCGACCUACGAUGACCACGAUGGGGAGGUAGACCGGAUUCUUCUGAGAUAUCCGGCCAUUCGUGGGCGCUUGGAUAGCCAGGCCCUAAUGAAGCUCUCUGACUCUGACCCAGCGCGGGUGGAAGAGAUUCUGCAGGAUAUGGACAGCAAAGGUGAUGUGCGCAACCCCUCUGCAUUCAUAGUCAAGGCGUUGUCCUCCUUCCCUGCGCCGCGUCACGAUGCCAAUGUCCCUUAUCGGCAGACUCCGGAACCGGAGAUGCAAAAGAUGGGCAACUCGUGGAUGCGGCAGGACGAAAGUCCGCUCCAUCAGCUGUUGAGCUCAGAUCCUGGGCUCCGGGAAGCACUUGACGACGGAGCGAUGCACGCCUUGGAGGCAUGCGAUCCAGAGCGAGCUUUGGAGGUGGUUGAGGACAUCAUCAAAAAGGGCGAUGUUCGCAAUCCGUCAGCCUUUGUAGCCGCCAGCUUGGCCAAAUAUCCGCAGCCUCGUGGUACGCGCUCAGAGGAACACUGGAGGCCAGUGCAGCCACCACCGCCCGUGGCAAUGCCCCACCCUUUGGUGAGAUCGUCGCCGUGGCCGCCAGCCCGGCAGCAGGCCCAUCGAUCAAGGGCAGUGGUGGGAGUUCACCUGGCUCUCUACUUAGCAGCGGCGCGUGGCUCAGCCGAAGGGACCAUUCGUGGCGCUUCCCAUGCCAGAUUCCUGGAUGUUCAGUACUUCAACCGGACAGAUGUGGACAACCUCUUGGCACGGCAGAUGACCCAUGAUCCGAAGACCACCCCGCGACUUCGGCACCUUCGUGUCAACUUGGAGCCGAUUUUCCGGACCCUCCCGAAGACGCCGAAUGGUGGCCUCAGCCACCAAGCAGCCAAAUAUGCACUCUUCCGCUUCUUCCUCCACGAGCGUAGCUGGCUGGUCAAGGGCCUCGAACCCGAAGGCAUUUGGCAGACACAGCCGGAGCGGCUCCGCAAAGUUUGGGAGAGUUGGGUUCCGUCGUACCUGCAGCAGCGCUUCGAAGAGGCCAAGCAGAGCGAAGGUGCAUCCUUGGACGAUUUGGUUGAGAUGACCGCCGUCAUUGAAGAUCUUGUGCAACAGGAGUCCCGGAAGCAGAUGGCAAAGGUCUUUGAGUCGCUGGACCUUCCCCUGAAUGGUCCGCUGAGUCGCGCAGAUGCCGAUAUGGCAGUCGACAUGUACCUGAUAGUGGUUUUGACCGCGCAGAACCUCACCCUGGCAGAGCCGGCCAAGAAUCGAAAGCGCGUAGGCAGACUGCAUCGCACAGUGGAGCACGGCGAGGCUCUGAGGUGGCUACGGCAUUUGGAAGACAGGAUUCUGGUGAAACAGGGCAAGGUCUAUGACUUCUCGUCAAUCAGCAAAGUCGCAGAGGCGUUUGGGCUGGAGUUCCCGAGCUUCAACGACAAGGAAUGCUCCGAUCUCAAGGCAAGGCUCGUGUCCAUGGAGGGAGGAAGCCGCAAGCCCGGCCGCAUACCCUUGACAGACUUCUAUGGGAGCAUCGCGUACCGGCACUGGAAUUUCUCUGAGAGCCCAGACUACCUGAGAGAUUUGGGAGUCCUGGACGAGUCCGAUCCCCACCGGCCACACGUCAUCUUGGCGAACUACAUCACAAGCUACAACAACUGCAUGCGAACGGAUGGUCUGUACGCGAUUUGCUGCCGCAGCGUUUGCGGAGACAUGAUGAGUGCCAUCGAGCAGCAGGCACUUGCUGACUCUUCUUGUGCGUAG